CUGCGCCGCGCGCGACUCGCUGGUCGGCCCUCGGAGCGCAGCGGCAGGCGGACGGGCGGCGGGACGCCGGGACGCGGCAAACAAGGUCAUUAUCCAACUUUUAGAGGUGAUGGAUCAUCUGCAUAGAGGGGAAUCAAUUGCUGCAAUACUUCGUAACCGAUCUCUAGUGGAAGAGGAAGACCAGCACAUGAAAUUGUCCCUUGGAAGCAGCGAAAUGGGCCUCUCCUCCCAUUUGCAGUCUUCCAAGGCAGGAACCACACGCAUCUUUACCAGCAAUACCCACAGUUCUGUGGUGUUACAGGGAUUUGACCAGCUCCGACUUGAAGGAUUGCUCUGUGACGUGACCCUGAUGCCAGGGGAUACAGAUGAUGCCUUCCCUGUGCACAGAGUCAUGAUGGCCUCUGCUAGUGAUUACUUCAAGGCUAUGUUCACAGGUGGAAUGAAAGAACAAGAUUUAAUGUGCAUUAAGCUUCAUGGUGUGAGCAAAGUCGGUUUAAGGAAAAUUAUUGACUUCAUUUACACUGCAAAGCUUUCUCUUAAUAUGGACAACCUUCAAGACACACUGGAAGCUGCCAGUUUUCUACAGAUUCUGCCGGUUUUGGACUUCUGCAAAGUAUUUCUCAUAUCUGGGGUCACUUUAGACAAUUGUGUCGAAGUUGGGCGGAUUGCCAACACCUACAAUCUGACAGAAGUGGAUAAAUAUGUUAACAGUUUCGUCUUGAAGAAUUUUCCUGCAUUGCUGAGCACCGGGGAGUUCUUGAAACUCCCUUUUGAACGUCUUGCCUUUGUGCUUUCCAGUAAUAGCCUUAAGCAUUGCACUGAACUUGAGCUCUUUAAGGCUACCUGUCGCUGGCUACGCCUGGAAGAGCCUCGGAUGGACUUUGCUGCAAAGUUAAUGAAGAACAUACGAUUUCCACUGAUGACACCGCAGGAGCUCAUUAAUUAUGUGCAAACCGUGGAUUUCAUGAGAACUGACAAUACGUGUGUGAAUCUCCUUUUGGAAGCCAGCAAUUACCAAAUGAUGCCAUAUAUGCAGCCAGUGAUGCAGUCAGACAGGACUGCCAUUCGGUCUGACACCACUCAUUUGGUUACACUAGGAGGAGUGCUGAGGCAGCAGCUGGUUGUCAGCAAGGAAUUGCGCAUGUAUGAUGAAAAGGCCCAUGAGUGGAAGUCCUUAGCCCCCAUGGAUGCUCCGAGGUACCAGCAUGGCAUUGCCGUCAUUGGAAAUUUCCUCUACGUCGUUGGAGGGCAGAGCAAUUAUGACACAAAAGGAAAAACGGCAGUUGAUACAGUCUUCAGAUUUGAUCCACGAUACAAUAAGUGGAUGCAAGUUGCAUCUCUAAAUGAAAAGCGCACCUUCUUCCACCUCAGUGCCCUCAAAGGAUACCUGUAUGCAGUUGGUGGACGAAAUGCAGCUGGUGAACUGCCUACAGUAGAAUGUUACAAUCCAAGAACAAAUGAAUGGACCUACGUUGCCAAAAUGAGUGAGCCCCACUAUGGCCAUGCUGGAACUGUGUAUGGAGGUGUAAUGUAUAUAUCAGGAGGAAUUACUCAUGACACUUUCCAAAAGGAGCUCAUGUGCUUUGACCCUGAUACUGACAAAUGGAUCCAGAAGGCGCCAAUGACCACUGUCAGAGGUCUGCAUUGCAUGUGCACCGUGGGAGAAAGGCUCUACGUCAUCGGCGGCAAUCACUUCAGAGGAACCAGUGAUUAUGAUGACGUCCUAAGCUGUGAAUACUACUCACCGAUCCUUGACCAGUGGACCCCAAUUGCUGCUAUGUUAAGAGGGCAGAGUGAUGUUGGGGUUGCUGUCUUUGAAAAUAAAAUCUACGUGGUUGGUGGGUAUUCAUGGAAUAAUCGUUGUAUGGUAGAGAUCGUGCAGAAAUAUGAUCCAGAUAAAGAUGAAUGGCAUAAGGUGUUUGAUCUCCCAGAGUCCCUGGGUGGCAUCCGAGCUUGCACACUCACGGUUUUUCCACCUGAAGAAACCACACCAUCACCUUCUAGAGAGUCCCCUCUUUCUGCACCGUAAGAUUGUCCCUGCAACUAAGAUGCUGUAGUCCUAUCUUUGCAGUGUGCCAUGAAUUCUCUUCUUUUGCCCCCUCCCCUUAAGUAGUGUAUGUUAGGAUUAUCCUCCAGUAAUUGAUACAAAUAUUGGAAAAAAGACAUUGAUGUUCUUCGUGCUGUUUGUUUGGCUUCGAGUGUUUAUAAAGUGGUAAUAAACCAUUCUGGAAAUGUAUCCCAUAGAAGCUGAUAUUUAACAUACAAGAAAAAAAAAAAGUAUUGUCUAUAAGAUGUUUCUUCAGUACUUCUUGAUGCUGUGUACUGGGUGUAAGGUAUUUGUCAUCUUACAUUAGAAAAGCCCAAUAAACCAACUUAAAAGGUGGAUUAUAGUAAAUGUGCAACUGUGCUAACUAGGCUUCAAAGUAAAAAGUUUUCCUUUCAUCUUUGACUGUGAGAUGUUAAAGGGAGGCAGCCAGUUCCAACAGGAGACACCAGACAAAAGGUUGCCAACUCGCAUGAGCUACCUGCCUCUUUCCAUAAAGUAUUUUUGACAUAUCUGUCAGCCCUCCUGUCUGUGGGGGUGCAUUGAAAACACAUCAAAUUUCUUAGACGCACAGGAGAAAUAAUCAUUGAAAUUCACCAAUCUUAAUUUAAAAAAAACAGCAUGACCCCUCAACUUGUAAGCAAGGGUUUGGGGGUUUUUAAGUGUGUAUAAAUACAUACACACAUAUAUGUCAAAAAGGAAAUUUUUAAAAAUUGACUAGAAUGUCAAAUUAAUGCGAAAAAAAUAAAUACUUUUAAAUUUCUUCCAAAAAGCAGCUUCGGUUAAAAUGGGAAUUCAGUAUACACGUACUGAAUGCACAUAUGUAGAAUCAUAUUGAAUUUAGGUGGACAAGGGCUAGAAAUUUUGAGCAACUAAAUUUGUCAUUUGACCAGAUUUUUCCCUCCAAAACUGUAAUCUACACCUUCUCCUUUGCUGUUGAGAUAAUUUACAUAUUAUAUGUAUUCUGUAUACUCAGUUCAUAAGAUUAUUUAGCACACAAUAUAACAGCUUCACCUCAUGAGCUGCUUUUGCUCAGUGAAUUCAACUUCCAUGUUCUAUCUUUUUUGUUCAAUAAAAAACAUUUGAUGUCA